AUGUUUAGGGUAUACACUCGUCGACUGAGUAGCUUGGGGCCGUUCUGUGGGUCGAGGAAAUGUCUGCUAUGGUGGGGCUAUAAAGAAGGAGACCUUCAUAGGAUUGCGCGUCAGAGGCCAUGGUGGGAAAAUGCGGCUAUUUUUGCCGGGCUUCUUUGCUUUAUUCAGGCAUCCAGCAUGUGUUAUUACUUCGGCAACCGCUGGUAUCAGGCGAUUCGGCCCUCAGGCAACGAUUUGUAUAUUAACAGAGCCAUGGAUACAAAAGUGUUUUCGAGGCCCGAUCUGUCCGUAGCGGCCGUGCGGAUGGUAAUUCAUCACGCCCUUUCAGGCGCUCAAACCCCGUUUGGAGUUCCCAUGGUAUAUCCCGAGUAUAUGAAGCCUGAGGCAGAGGAGUUAAUGGAGUUUAUACUGCAGCUAAACCAUGAACAGCCAAUGUUUUCUAUCCCCGAUCUUUGGGCGCUGUUUUCGGCAAAAGCACUUGCCCGUUUGGGGGGGCCGAGUAUUUCAGUUCAUCGAGGGAGAUCAGACCCACCCAACGAUGUACCCGCUGACCAGUUGUUGAUUUCCACUCCCUCUCUUGUACCGGAGUCUAAGCGAGACGUGCUUAACAUGAAGCGGCUGCUUUCUCGUCAAGGGUUCGCAGUUGAUGAAAUUGUCGCCAUGUUGGGUGGAAUCCGUAAUAUUGGCUUUCACGAAAGUUCGGGGUUUCAUACUACUGAGGAGGUGAAGCCCCAGAUGCGCCGUCGACCGGGUGUCAUGGGGCCAGAGGAAGAUGUGUAUCACAUACCAGAUACUCCGCAGAAGUGCACAUUAGAUCCAUACGUGUUUGGAAGUGAGUAUUUUGAUCUCCUUCUAGAUUACAACUGGAAACAGAAUACUUCCCUUUUUCGCCGUAGUGGUCCUUUCCACUGCAGUGAGAACGAUCGCAAGCGUGAAGUCCUGUUGUUGGAUCCAUUUUCAGAGCAGGCCAUGGAACGUGAGCGUAAACGCCUUCAAGCCGAAGAGCGGGCUCGUGAGUCCGUGGAGCGAGCGGCACUGAAGAGACAUCCCAGUUUUGAUGAAACGACAUCCAUCACUGGGGGGCGCGACGGUGAGGCACAGCCCAUAAGCGGCGUGAUGAGUGAACUCAAUGAAGAUGAAGGGAUCAACGUCAAGUCACUGGUUGAGGUACCCGAGUUUAAGAGCCCCUGCUCAAGCGUGUCAAUGAGGGAGGUUGAUGUACUAUUAUUGGACGACGCCCUGCUAACGGGUUGGAUGCAUCGAUUCAGCGCUAACGAAAUAUUAUUUUACGAUGUAUUCGGCACCGUUAUGGAAAAAAUUCAAUGUCGCGGAUACAACCUGAACUCGCUAUAUCUGCCUUAG